CGGAGAGAGAGAGAGAGAGGAAAAGGGAGGGGAGUUUAAACUAAGUGCUAUGGUUUGGGACAGGCUAAUCUGCUAGCGAGCAGUGUGAGGAUCGGAGCGUAUUGUGUGAGCCAGUGUGCGGGGGACAGAUAAGGCAGCCAGCCAGCUCGCCAAGCCGACCCACCGACUGCCUGACUGCCUGUUUUAAUGUGCUGACUCUGGGGAGAUUUUAAAAAAAGAACUGCAUAUUGACUACUUAGACGCGUGCGGAGAUCCUGGGCACAAACGCGACCACCACAGCCAGCAGGGUGCAUCAAAAGGCAGGAAAGAGAGAGAAAAAAAAUAGAGGACUGAGAAAUCACAACUUCAAUUUCAGAAAAUUAAAAGGAUUUUUUUGUAUCCCUGUAUUUUUUUCAAUUGAUUUCAUUUUUUUUAUUAUUUCUUUCUUUUUUUUGUGUUUUCGGGACUGACCCCCGACGAUAGCAAAGAAAAAAAGAGGAGCUGAAGAACUCUGAAAUUAUUAUCGGAGAGAGCCCGAAAGACCUGAUCAUGUUCGAAAUAAGCCGAACACUCAACGCCGCUUUGUUGAGCAAUGAGGGGUCGACAGAGACACAGUGGCGUCAGGCAGAGCUCCCACAGCUCCAGGGCUGGGCAGAGAAGGGAUUGCUGACGCAGCCAAAGAUGAUCAUUAGUAACAUGGAGGCUGCAGUGACAAAUGGCCCCAGCGGAGGAGGCAACACUGCUAAUGGGCCGACCACCAACAGCCGCGGGUGCCCCUCGCCCAUGCAGACCGGCCCGACAAACGAUGACAGCAAAACCAACCUCAUUGUCAACUACCUACCACAGAACAUGACCCAGGAGGAAUUCCGCAGCCUGUUUGGCAGCAUCGGCGAGAUCGAGUCCUGCAAACUGGUUCGCGACAAGAUUACAGGUCAGAGUCUGGGCUACGGCUUUGUCAACUAUAUUGAUCCAAAGGACGCAGAGAAAGCCAUCAACACAUUAAAUGGACUCAGACUUCAGACCAAAACAAUCAAGGUGUCAUACGCACGACCCAGCUCAGCCUCCAUCCGUGACGCCAACUUGUAUGUGAGUGGGCUUCCCAAAACGAUGACCCAGAAAGAAUUGGAGCAGCUCUUCUCCCAAUACGGACGCAUCAUCACAUCCCGCAUCCUUGUGGACCAGGUCACAGGCCCCGCAGGUGGUUCCCGAGGUGUGGGCUUCAUCCGCUUUGAUAAGAGGAUAGAGGCUGAGGAGGCCAUCAAGGGCCUGAACGGACAGAAGCCAUCAGGAGCUGCUGAGCCCAUUACGGUUAAGUUCGCCAACAACCCAAGCCAGAAGACCAGCCAAGCUCUUCUGUCGCAACUCUACCAGUCGCCCAAUCGCCGAUACCCUGGCCCCCUCCACCACCAGGCUCAGAGGUUCAGGCUGGACAAUUUGCUUAAUAUGGCCUAUGGCGUAAAGAGGUUCUCUCCCAUCACCAUCGACAGUAUGACCAGCCUGGUGGGCAUGAACAUACCCGGGCACACGGGCACUGGCUGGUGCAUCUUUGUCUACAACCUCUCCCCAGAUUCGGACGAAAGCGUCCUCUGGCAGCUGUUCGGUCCGUUUGGCGCCGUCAACAACGUGAAGGUGAUCCGUGACUUCAACACCAACAAGUGCAAAGGCUUCGGCUUCGUCACCAUGACGAAUUACGACGAGGCAGCCAUGGCCAUCGCCAGCCUGAACGGCUACAGGUUGGGCGAUCGCGUCUUGCAAGUCUCCUUCAAGACCAACAAGACACACAAAUCCUGAACUUCAACCGAUAAAAUCAGUCGCCCUUCGACUCUGUCAAGUCAAAAAUAGUCCCCCCCAACCCCUUCCAACAUCCCUCCGCCCCCGUCCAAGUCCAAGGCCCUUCAGUUACCGCCAUGCCACCCCACUACAGCCAUCCAACACAGCAAAAUCCGACCGGGACAUAAAGCGACCGAUAAACCAUCUUAGAAUUUGAACUCCAAAUGGCUUAUACAUAACUUUGGACCUAUAAGCCAACGUUGCCUGAGUAUAACAAAAAGAAGGAGAUGUUGAUAAUUUUUAGGAAGUCCCUGUGAUAAGCAGGUUUCUCUUGGUUGUAUAUUCUUUAGUUUCUUGUGGUUGUUGAAAUAAUUUUCUCUUCUAUGUAAACAGUAGCAAAUCCCUGAACCUCCAAAUUUCAGAGAAGAGAAUGUCCUUUUUCGAUUCAAGCCUUUUCUCUGUCCUGAUUCAGGAUUCUUUUCUUUGUAUAUCCGGAUCCACUGUCGUUAAUAUUACAAACCUCGUCGUUAAGAGGGUGGGGGCUCUUUAGUUGAAUUGGGGAACCAUUCAUUCGUUUUAGUGUGUAUUAAAACUCCCCCCCCCCUUAGCGAUUCAGGAUUUCCACAGUCCUGUAAUGUAGACAGAAAACAAAUUUCUGACAUUGUUUUUGUUUUGUAUCGCUAACAAAACAUAUUGUCUUUCCUCACUGGGGUUCAGGGAGAUGGGUUGAGGGAGGGGACGGGUUAGCUUUCCGGAUGACACGUUCAGUAAUUUAAGAAAAAUAUAACUGUUGCCAAAGAGAAAAUCUCUUUGCUUGGAAAAAAAAAUAUGUUUAGAAAAAGAUAAAAAUAAAGAGAAAUAAGAUCUAUUUUUAUAAAUGAUAAUUAAAAAUAAUAACUAUUGAAGAAUUUUUACAAGAAUCUGGAUUUGAAAAAAGAGAAAAAUAUUUUGACUGGCUAACUGGGGACGGGGCGGGGGGUGGGACCACCUUGUCUUGUCGUUCUGCCGUGGCACCGGAAAGAAUGUUUGUUUUUGGAGAAUCCAUGUUGGCGGCGAUUUUGUAGAAGGAAGGUUUUGUGAAAGGGAAUACACACUAAGGCAGGUGAUUUUGGUAAUUUUUCACAUGUGUACUAGCGCGUGAUUAUUCAAUGACGAUACCCAAAAGGGAGGGUGGAGGGGUCUUUCCCUGGCCGAACCAUCUUUAUCGUCCAGAGCCCAAAGCAAGAAGACCCUUCGUCCUCUGACGUACGCCAUUUGUCAGUAUGGGAUAUUAGUCAAUAGUUAUAUGCACAUUACUCCAUUUAGACGCUGAAUAUACACACGAUUUCACACAUUUCCUUUGCUCUGCGUUUGUGACUAACAUUUGAAGAAAACUUCCUUUUAGCGAUCAACAGUAGGUGCUAAACUACAUUAUCCACAUAUCUUAAAUAUCCACGUUUGUUGUUCUGUGUUGUUUAAAAAAUAUUUCGAUGUUGGCAUUGAAUUGAGCUGCUGUUUAAUAUUUGUUUGUUGUUGAUGCCUGGAAAUCUGGUGACUUCUGUUUUCUUCUUGACCAGAUUGUGCGAAUUCAGGCCGUGAAAGAGUCACUGGACAAAAUACUGAUUUGGUCGUUUUCUGGGUUUGUUUGCUUUGUUUUGUUUGUUUGGCUUGCUGACUUUUCACUUGAGUUCCUUGCUAAGCGUGAAAUGUUUGUCAAAAGUUUAUGAUGAUUAGCUAGUUCUGUUAGUCUAGAUAUUUGUUUCCUUCGAGGAUCUAUGACAACUGUGUCUUUAUUUGCUGUGUACAAAUAGAUGAUAUACAUAUAAAUAUAUAUAUAUAGUCUACAUUUGUUUUACAAUAUCUACUGUACUAUCUGAGUUGUCACUGUUCUUUUGUUUGAGCUUGUCUUUUUCAUAUGACAACUUAUUAUGAAGUGGUGGUUGAGUUAUUAGAAAAAAAAAUUGUGAGGAAACUGUUCAAUUGUCGUCAUGUUGCUUGUGGAGAAAAAAAUAAAAAAGAUUUGGAUUAACUUUGAGUUAACUACCGCGGCAAAAGAAACCGAACAAAAUGCUUAAAACGAUAGCGUAUUGGUUUGUUUACUUAUCUAUUUUGAAACUAUUUAUUUUUCUAUUUAUUUCUAUUUAUUCUAUAUUUAUUAAUUUAUAUGUGUAUUUAUGUAUUUAUUCGUUUCAUUGUCUGUGUAUUUGCGUGAUUCUGGUACAGGGAGGGGGGUGUUUCUGAGCUCAAAGGGAACAAAGCGACUAGUGGAGCGGCUCUUCCAGUAGUCCACUGCACUGAGAGAACUUUUAGUACGUUUGUGCUUUGUACCAAUAUAUCAAAAUGACAAUAUAAAAAAAAUCUAAAAGUCACGAAAACAUGAAAAAAAAAAAAAAAAAAAACAGUCUGGAGGGUCGGGGGAUGCUCUUCCCUUAUUACUAGAAACAGUUACUCGCUAUGCAUAACCUAGUUAAUAGUUCAAUUUGCUAUUGCUUUUUUCUUGUCUUGUUAAAAUGAAUCUUUAGAUCUUUUUCAAUAAAGUUUAGUCUUAAUAGAAUGUUAUAAACAGUCGUUCUGGUUCAAUAUAACCUGUGAUAAGUUUGUGUAGUUCGAAAAAGCCACUCCGUCCACACCCUCCCUCCGCUUACUACCGCUUUGUGAUGACACUUUAUGCAAAAAUGUGGGUCUGAAAGAUUUUCGUUUUUAGGGAACAUUUGAUAAGACAUUCAGCUCAUGGAGGCAUCGGGCACGUUGGUUGUAACGCAGCAAUCGCCCAUCGGUGUGUGAGGGUCAUUCAUUGCACUGGACUUAAUUGGUCACCUUUGGAACCAAUUUCGUUUUAAAGCUAGACGUCAUCUUUUGUCGAACCAAGAAAUAUUUAAGAAAUGAAAAGGCAACAUGUAAUUAUUGCGGUUGCUGAUCUACUGAGGUGUUCUGGAGGAGGGAUGAAAUGGAUUGUACCGAUUCUAUAUUUUAGAUACUCUAAUAUGAUAUAUAGUAUAUAUAUUUUGAAAGGUAAGGGAAAGGUUCCGGAAGUAUACAUAUACAGAAUUGGAUUCUUUUGUUCGUUAUCAAGACUUGAUGGAGGUGUGUGGAGAGCUGUUGAAACACUCAGACGCAUGCUUGCAUAAGUUCAUCCUCUCUCUUACUCCUCAGACUACUUGCAUCAUUCCAUUACCGUCACGCCAUCCCGUCAUUACAGGAACCAUCCGACUAGCCAACCAACUAGACCCUUCAUGCUCCCGCCUCCAUUGGGAGCUUGAAUUAUGCAACGACCCCGGUAGAAUGUUGUUCAGAUGUGUGAACUUAUUUCCUACGCUGUCUGACUUUUGAACUCUUACGACGCGAGCCUGUGUUCCGCCUAGACUGUGUGUGUGUGUGUGUGUGUGUGUGUGUGUGUGUGUGUGUGUGUGUGUGUGUGUGCAUGUCCGUGUGCAUGUUUCUUUAUGUAACCGUGUGAGUCUGUGUGAGUGCAUUCACAUGAGUGUGAUCCACAUUUGUACGAUGCAUUCACGCAACAUUCGUUGUGUACGUCUUCAGUACACUGCUGUAUGCGUCUUCCUGACUGAGUGUGUAGAGAGUGUGUGUCUGUUUGUGUGUGUGUGUUGAAACAUGGGGCUGUGUCACCUUGCUCUAUGCCCACCCCUAUGGCUCACACCACCCCCUGUAGCGCCUUAUAGUGGCAGCCUGCCAGUAGGAACAACGCAGCCAGUAGUGGAGGAGGGAAGGUGAACAGAGGAACUAGGCUCUCUUCUUGUCAGUUUUCAUUUUCCUCCUGAGACGUGUUUGUUUACUAUCUGAGAAAAUCUAUAAACAAAAUCUUUAAAGACAAAAAAGAUGAGAAAAAAAAAAUGUUCACUGGGCCUCAUGACCGCGGCUCUCUCUUUUUCUCUCUCUAUCUCUACUCCUGCUUAUGUUAUUACUUACCAAUUAUCAAUGAUUAUUAUGAUUAUAAUUGCUAUUAUUCUUCUUAUUCUUAUUAUUAAUCCAAUUACUGCGAUGAAUGACUUCAUGUUAUCCUUGCUAGUUUAGGUCAUUUCUGAAACUGGAAAAAUAAAAUCUUGCUGUAAAUGUUUGUUUUUUUCUUUUUCAUAAAACUGUUGUGUUUGAAUUAUUUGUACUUUUGAAUGUUGGGACAAUAAAAUGAGGUGUCAAAAGUUUGGGUGGUUUU